AUGAGCAUUACCAGUGACGAGGUGAACUUCCUGGUGUACCGAUAUCUCCAGGAGUCAGGUUUUUCCCACUCGGCGUUCACGUUCGGUAUCGAGAGCCACAUCAGCCAGUCCAACAUCAAUGGGACACUAGUGCCGCCGGCCGCCCUCAUCUCCAUCCUGCAGAAGGGCCUGCAGUAUGUGGAGGCUGAGAUCAGCAUCAACGAGGACGGCACGGUGUUCGACGGCCGCCCCAUAGAGUCCCUGUCCCUGAUCGACGCGGUGAUGCCGGACGUGGUGCAGACGCGGCAGCAGGCCUUCCGGGAGAAGCUGGCCCAGCAGCAGGCGGCCGCGGCGGCAGCAGCCGCCGCUGCAGCAGCCGCAGCAGCAGCGGCCACGACGGCGGCCCCCGCGGCCGUUUCCCAGCAGAACCCACCAAAGAACGGCGAAGCCACGGUCAACGGAGAGGAGAACGGCGCACACGCCAUCAAUAAUCAUUCGAAACCAAUGGAAAUCGACGGAGACGUGGAGAUCCCACCCAGCAAGGCCACCGUCCUUCGGGGCCACGAGUCCGAGGUGUUCAUUUGUGCCUGGAACCCUGUCAGUGACCUCUUGGCUUCAGGGUCCGGAGACUCGACCGCCAGGAUAUGGAACCUGAACGAGAACAGCAACGGCGGCUCCACGCAGCUGGUGCUGCGGCACUGUAUCCGGGAGGGGGGCCACGACGUCCCCAGUAACAAAGACGUCACCUCGCUGGACUGGAACAGCGACGGGACACUGUUGGCUACAGGUUCCUAUGAUGGUUUUGCAAGAAUAUGGACAGAGGAUGGUAACCUGGCCAGCACCUUAGGCCAACAUAAAGGCCCCAUCUUCGCCUUGAAGUGGAACAAGAAGGGGAAUUACAUUUUGAGUGCUGGAGUAGACAAAACAACAAUAAUCUGGGACGCUCACACAGGAGAAGCCAAACAACAGUUUCCGUUUCAUUCCGCCCCUGCUCUCGACGUGGACUGGCAGAACAACACUACCUUUGCCUCCUGCAGCACGGACAUGUGUAUUCACGUCUGCAGACUCGGCUGCGACCGCCCCGUCAAAACGUUCCAGGGACACACGAAUGAGGUCAACGCCAUCAAAUGGGAUCCCUCUGGCAUGUUGUUAGCCUCCUGUUCUGAUGACAUGACACUGAAGAUCUGGAGUAUGAAGCAGGACACGUGUGUCCACGACCUUCAGGCGCACAGCAAAGAGAUAUACACCAUCAAGUGGAGUCCCACUGGUCCGGCCACCAGCAACCCCAACUCCAGCAUCAUGCUGGCAAGCGCCUCGUUCGAUUCUACCGUCCGACUCUGGGACGUGGAGCGGGGUGUGUGCAUCCACACGCUCACCAAGCACCAGGAACCCGUGUACAGCGUGGCCUUCAGCCCCGACGGGAAGUACUUGGCCAGCGGCUCCUUCGACAAGUGCGUGCACAUCUGGAACACUCAGAGCGGAAGUCUCGUCCACAGCUACAGAGGCACCGGGGGCAUCUUCGAGGUGUGCUGGAAUGCCCGGGGCGACAAAGUGGGCGCCAGUGCGUCAGACGGCUCCGUGUGCGUGUUAGAUCUGCGAAAAUAA